CCCGAGGGUGGUCUGGGCUUCGGCGCUGCUGACUACGUCCCGCAGGAGCACAAGCUCAUCACUCAAUUCAAUGGUGUGGAGACGGAUUCUGGAUCCUGCCUGGCCUUUGCACCAAGUGUCCGCGGCGGCCCAGGCAACACAGUGCAACCCAGGGAUUGGCAAACUCCUGGUCGCCAGAGCGACAACGUGCCAAGCGAGUUUAUCAAACUUGAACCUUGGGCCGUGCCGUGUGCAAACCAGUGGAUGAAGGACAACCCCAACAAGUGGCAGGGAUACUCUUUCUACACCUGGAUGACGCCGCUUGAGAGGUGCGCAACGGUGGUCUACAGCCUCGGGCUUCAGCCAGUACUCGCCUUCGUGGGCGGUUUGGAGUUCGACCUGAUGCCGUCCCCGAUUGCUGAGGUGGAAACGUUCGUGUGCUGGCCCGAUACGCAGCCCGGAGGAGUCGACCUGAGUGCAAUUGAGAUGCACAUCAUGUCUGGCGGAGUGCCGCUGCUCACCAGGACCAUCCGCCUGAAGAAGCGCUUCGGUUCCGGCACCGACUUCAGCAACAGCAACAUCCACGCCACCACUGCCAGUGGAAAGGCGAACUUUGGAGUGCCUGAAGAUGGGGCAGACGACUCCGGCUUGAACGGCAUGUCCAGGGACUCCCUUCUCCAAGCUAAUGCAAGCCUGGGCUUCGAGGUGGAGCAGGAGAACUAUCUUGCCUCCAUGAUCUAUGAUGACCAGCUGGGUGCUAACGUUACAGAGUCCUUGCGCGGUGUCGCAGCGGCUCGCAGGCUCAAGGCCCUUUUCCCAGAGAAGGCUGAAGGCUUGGUGGAAACCGAGGAAGAAAGCAACACUGAAGCAGAUGACCAUGUGCUGUUUACGCUCCGCAGCCCUGGAAAUGGGCUGGUUGGCUUUGAGAUCAUGGGUCUUUUGAGCGACAACAAGCUCCAGUUGAGCUUGCAAAUGCAGUUUGGUCCCUUCACUACGCCCAGGAAGAGGAUGACGCUCAUCGACUUGGCGCAGCAACUUCAGAUCAUUCUGGGCUCCAUCCCCUUCAUCUCGGUGUCAAGCAAGGCCAAAGCCAUCCAGGCGUUGCAUGACUUUGACACGGAGGCUGAGUCCUCAAUGCCCGUCAGCACCGAUGAAGGCUUUGGCGCAUUCUCGACCUUCUGGGUCAUCGCUGGCAACGGACACCGUGAGGACCAGAGAGGCGCAAUGAUCUACUGGACAGAUAGCCCCAGAGUCUACCCCUUCAACCACGAUGUCAGGGCGACCUUUCGCUUCUUCCCGGACGGAGAAGGGGAAUACUGGAUGGUCACUUCUGACUCUUCGGAUAAACCGGGCAAGAUGGUCUACCUGAAAGACGGAGGAUUUCACCUGCACGAUUUCCACGAGGACCCUAAAACGAAGUGGAGGAUGGUCGAGGACGGAGGCCAGUACUGGUUGGUGACGGGGCCGAACCAUCACACUCCAGGGAAGAUGAUGUACCUCACGGACUCUGGCUGGAGCUUCUGGACCUUCAGCCCCGACCCUCUUUGCAAGUUCCGCUUGGAGCCGGCAACUGGGCCGACAGCCUUUGCGAUCAAGCCUUUCAUGCUAAAUCCAGCCGAAGUUUGGAUCGUGACGAAGGAACCUCACCACGGGUACGAAAACAAGAUGAUUUUCUGGAAGGCGGGUGGCACCGAUGUUUACAACUUCAACUUUGCUCCCGAAAGCCGGUGGACUUUGAGGUCGAAUGGCGAUGGGGACUACUGGCUUGUCACCGGUUCUCAGUCCGACUCGCCCGGGAAGAUGCUCUACUUGAAGAACAACGUAUUCAAUGUGUGGAACUGGAAUCAGGAUCAGAAGUGCUUGUGGAGGCUGGUCUCAUCAGGAGGUGGUGGCUUCUGGCUGGCCACGAACCCGAACCACCACACUCCGAACAAGAUGGUCUACAUUGCAAACGGAGUGUGGAACUUUGUUAAUUUCUGGGAAGAUCCAUCGACCACGUACAAUGUCCUUCUCAGGGGCUAG